UGGAAAUACAUGAGAGCACAGACGCUAUCAGAGAUGAUCACACUGAUAAUCAGUCACACGGAGGAGGACCAGACACUGAGAGGCAUCCUCCAGCUGUCCAAAGGAAGACUUUCAGGGCUGCAGCACUCUGUCUGGCAGUGCUCUGCUUUCUGAUGAUGACUGGAAUCAUCCUCUUAUCUGUAUACUUCACUUUGCUGCAGACCAGAUACGACCAACUGAGCAACAACAACACUCAGUUACAGGAGGAAGUAAAGCAGCUGAAGAACAGAACUGAAGUCACUUUGCUGCAGAACAGAUACGACCAACUGAGCAACAACAACAGUCGGUUACAGAGCAGCUACCAAACACUGAGUGUAAAUCACAGUCAGUUACAGGAUGAAGUAAAGCAGCUGAAGAACAGAAUUAAAGUUGUUGUUAAAAGCUGUCCUCGUGGAUGGACGACAUUUGGAAACAGUUGGUACUUUAAAUCAGAAGAGAAGAAGACUUGGUCUGGAAGCAGAGCUGACUGUGAGCAGAGAGGAGCAGAUCUGGUCGUCAUAAACAACAAAAAGGAACAGGAGUUUGUCUCUGAGCUGAGUAAGGAUGGAGAGUCCUGGAUUGGUCUAUGGAAGGAAUGGACACAAGGAGGAUGGGAAUGGGUGGACGGAUCACCGCUGACAGAAACGUUCUGGGCAGCAGGACAGCCUCUCCAUGAUAGUGAAUGGAACCCUGGGACAUGCUGCGAUCAACAAGGAAAAUGGACACAAGGAUAUUCUAAUGAUAAUAGGAAGUGGAUAUGUGAGAAAAAAAUUAUCUGAACUCUUUGAUGACAGAGAGGUGUGUAGUGUUGGGAUCAGCUUUGUUAAAUCAGACCAAUUCUUUAACAUUUGCUCAGCUGUUUAUUCUGUGUUGCUAAAUAACCUGAUUACAGAGAUAUUGUUCCUCUGUCCUUCAUAGUGCACAAUCUGGUU